AUGGAGAAGAAGAUGGACACCCCAUCAACCGUAGACCAGCUACUCGUCAGCUCCGACCUCCCGUACAACGCGGAAGUCAUGGCUGUACCGCUUCCCCCUAAGUUCAAAGUCCCCCAGAUGGAAGCACACGACGGAUCCAAAGACCCGUUGGAGCACUUGGAAACCUUCAAGACCCACAUGACCUUGCACGGUUUCCCAGGAGAAGUCGUCUACCGAGCCUUCCCACUAGCUCUGAAGGGAGUCGCCCGGACCUGGUUCGGGUCAUUAUCAUCAGGAUCAAUAGGAAGCUUUGAGGAGCACGCCUGCCUCUUCAUGGUGCAAUUCCUGGCUAGUCGUAAAAGGAGGCACCAGGCAACUUACCUCCUUACUGUUAAACAGCAAGACGACGAGGGUCUGAAGUCAUAUCUCUCGCGGUUCAACCGGGAGUGCAUGACCAUAGACAACCAAGACGAGAAGAUCACGUUGGUAGCACUCCUGGGAGGAAUCUGGCCACUAAAUCCGUUUAUGUCUGUGAUAGCACGAAAGACUCCUACCACUCUAAGGGAGUUCAUGGACCGAGCGGAUGGGUUCAUUAACGCUGAAGACACCUUCGAGGCCCUGACUGCCCAGCGAAAAUCAGAGGUAGAGCGGGCCGGCCUAAAGCCAUCAAGGCAGCGACCCAACCGCGAUCGAAGAGGGGAAAGGAGGGGAGCGUCGAACGUGAAGAAAAAGAGAGAAGCACCAGCUCGGCCCCAAGAAGGGGGGCACACCCACACAAACUUGGCAGUAUAA